AAUGGAUUCAUUUCUCGUUAUUACAGGACAUAACAUGGUUCGAGUCUCCUAGAGCCUAGGUGAAUGGAAUGUGUCCUGACAUUUGAAUACCUAGGGAAGCACUGUAAUUACACUAUUUAAGUAAUGUAUUCUGUGAAAUAUAAAUCAGAUGCCUAUGAAUGUAAUGAUACCAGAAUAUGUAGGCACUUUCAGCAUAGUAACUAGUAUGAAAGGCUGUUGUUAAGAAUAGGAAACAUUAGUUGCAGCAUCAGGUUUAUGGGUAAAAAUAAUUUGAAUUGUGACACAAAACUUUCACAAGCACAACAAAAUUGCAGUAUUCAUGAUAUGGGUGAUUCAGUAUAAAUAAGUGGUUUCAUUAUCUUGUUAUCAUCUCUGCUGGCAACUGCAUAAUCUAUAUGAGCUUCACAGUAUGCCAGUGUAAUAAAGUGCUGAUACUUUUUAGAACAUUAUUCUAUUCUUGAUUUAUUACCCAGGAGUUUCAUCUACUUAGUAAUGCAGAACAGUAUUGCCAACCUGACUGAAGGUGUUCUGAUAUUAUGGCAUCAUGUUGUGAAGCUGGUGUCUGACGUGGCAGUGAUACACGAGGUGUGUCUACAAGAUAGGAUGUCACAAUUCUUUGGAAAGUUGGCAAGAGGUCUUGGAUGGGGUCCACAACCAACAAAGGUUAACAGUAUCAACUGGUGUGACUAUGCCAACAGAGCCUUCACAUUCGUUGAGGGUACCUUUAUAAUUGCUCCUUUGGCUGAAGAUGAUAUAAAAGAAGACCCAAAUCUUGCUUUUGAACUAAUAAUCCACAAAGAAAUUAAUAGUUCACGAAAUGCAUAUAGCCUUUUGAGAACAUGCACAGAACUUGAAGCGAAAGAUGCUUAUGAAGCUUACCGUAAAAUAUUACUGCCACUGGUAGACUCUUGUGGGAAAGAAGUUCUUUGUCACAAUAUCCUGCAGAAGGUCCUUGAUGUUCACAGAGAACACCCUUCAUGGCAUGUGGCACACAUCACAACACACUUUGGAUUCUUAGAGGCUUUAAAAAAUGAAGAAGUACUAAGCUACCUCAAUGUGCCUGAGGAGACGGAAGGCCUCUACCCCAUUCAUGUUGCUGUUGAAAAUGAAAAUGACAAAGUUAUUGGAGCAUUAAUAGCAGCAGGUGCUGCUUUAGAUGUAACAGACAAGACUGGUAACACACCUUUACAUAUUGCUGCUUCUAAAUCUGUGACGGUUAUCCAGGCUCUAAAACUGAAGCAUCAUCCUAUAUUAAACCAGAAAAACCACGCCCAAGAGACACCCUUACUUCUAGCUGCACAGUGCAGUAAACUGGAAAAUGUUAAGCAUCUUAUUCAGCUUGGAUGUAACAUUAACCACAAGGAAGAUGUACCUGAUCCUGUGGACAAUCAGUCAUAUUGGGAAAAAACUGAGAAGCUCAUAUUGUCAAAGGACAUUAGUUCCAAGGAUUUGCACAAAGGGGGAAGUUUGUUGCACUGGGUCAAAACAAGGGAACUCAUGGACUUGUGCCUGGAUAUGGGCUGUGAUCCUGACCUCACUAAUGCUCUUCAUCAAACCCCUUUACAUGUUCUGGUUUUGCGGAAUAGAAUACAUUGCAUUGUAACACUGUUGUGUCGAGGAGCAAAAGCAAAUUGUGCUGACUUGGAAGGCACCACCCCACUGCAUUUAGCAGCUGCCCAGUGCUCUACGACUUUAGUUCAGGCCUUCAUUGUGUUUGGAGGAGAUAUUAAUGCCAUGAAUAAGAGAGGAGAGACACCAAGGCAUCUGGCUGCAUCUUGUAAAGUGGAUGACAAGAUAAAAGGAGCUGAGAGAGACAAAGUCAUAUAUCUACUGCAUACAGUUGGAGCUAAAAGGUGCCAAGUAAAAUUAGCUUCAUGUUCAGAUGGAUGUCUGGAUGAAGGCAAUUUUAAUGGUGUUCCACUCUAUGAAAAACCUUUACUUCGUUCACGCUGGAUUAUGGAUGAAUAUCUCUCAAGUAAUCAAAUAGCAGAAUCAAUAAGGUGGCAAGUAACAAAUCGCAGUAACCAGCAGCGCACUGGUAGAGUGCUGUGCCUGGACGGAGGAGGAAUUAAAGGACUGGUCAUGACACAAAUGCUGUUUGUCAUCCAGGAGAUGCUGGGGAAACCUAUUCAAGAGUGUUUUGAUUGGAUAUCUGGCACCAGCACUGGUGGCUUCUUAGCUCUGAUGUUAUGUUCAGGGAAAUCUGUGCAAGACGUACAAUCACUGUAUUAUAACCUGAAGGAAAAAGUGUUUAUUGGUGGGCGACCCUAUGUAGCAGGGCCAUUGGAGGAAAUUUUAAUAAAGGAGUUUGGCGAGGAUACAAUGAUGAGUAGCAUUAAAUCUCCAAGAGUCAUGAUAAGCUCUACUCUGGCUGAUCGACUACCACCUGAUUUGCAUCUCUUCCGUAACUAUGAGUCUCCAAUGAGUGUUUUAGGAAUACAAGAAAAUAAUGUUUUCAUGACUACACAGGCACCUGAUAAACAAAAGAUGUGGCUUGCGGCUAGAUGUUCUGGAGCUGCCCCUACAUAUUUCAGAUGUGGCAAGUCAAUGAAGAAAGAUGAAAGCAGUAAAAGAACUUUGAAUACAUCCACUAACAUGUGUUCCAGUGAGAAGUUCCUUGAUGGUGGUUUAGUGGGAAACAAUCCAGUCUUAGACACAUUGGCAGAAAUUGAGGAAUGGAAUAUGGCAGUGCGUGCCAAGGGUCGUGAAUCCGAGAUCUUCACCCCCACUGUUGUAGUGUCUUUAGGUUGUGGUAAACCUCCUGUGAUGCUGGUUGACAAUAUUGACAUUACUAUGCCAAGUAUUCUUGAUGUACGUCGAGGUCUUCAAGCAAUGUACAAUUUAUUCAAUGUCUUGGUGGAACAAGCUUGCAGUUCAGAAGGUCGGAUUAUAGAUAGAGCACGCACAUGGUGUUCAACUUUACACGUUCCUUUCUUUCGUUUUAAUCCACAGUUAUCUCAAGAUAUUGCACUAGAUGAACAUGACGAUGAGCGCUUAGUUCGUAUGAUGUGGGAAACAAGAGCAUACAUGAAAUCCCAGGCAAAAAUUUUAUCUCAACUAAAGCCUCUCUUAAUAGAAGCUGAAGUGGGGCCUAUACCUCCUCCCCGGCAACUUACUCCAACCAAAUCUAAACACAGCUCACGUGUUUCUAUAUCUGUUGGUUCUAGUCAAGAUACCGUAGAUGCAGUUCACCGACUCGUUUCAGCAGGAACUUCCCCUGAUGAGGAGGGAAGUUAUCACUCUAUUCUUCCAGAGUAUGCCACUGUUGGAACUGAAGAAACAUCUGAUGAAGUGAUGGUUGAGCAUCCCUCAACACUUGAUUCUGUGUCAAGCAGUGAGGGGACUUCUCCAUCACCUGAUGGCAAUGAUGACUUUAUGGAUAAAUGCCAGCCCAGUGAAAUUUCAUCUGAUUCUCUUAUCCAUACUGUAGAAUAAGUAUUCUUCAUUCAUGAUUCAUUUAAUUUUUGUAUAAUAAUUAUCAUACAAUUGUAGUCAUAAAGCUACAUAAUCAUGCAUAGUCAUAACAUGCACAUAAUAUAAUUAAUACUUAUUACAUAAUUACCUUUUUAUAAUUAUCUAAACUAGUUAGGAUGCUUUGCUUACAUCAUUUUAUUAAUAUACACAAUACUGUGUAUGUAGGCCUUUUUCACUUUAGGCAUUGUUUAAUUUCUUCUAUUACACCUCUUUAAAAUUAGUCAAUCAGAUUUGGUUGAGGUUCAGAUAAAUUAGACCUUGCUUGGUAUCCCUAGUAGAGGGAUACCUUGGUUUAUUUAUUUAUUUAUAUUUUCAAGAGUUCCUACAUUCUUGUAAACCCACUAGCACGCAUGGCAUUUUGGGCAGGUCCUUAAUCCUAAUUUCUCCCUGGAAUAUGAUCCGCCAAAUCGUUUAACAACCAAUUCACUGUUAGGUGAACAGAGGCUACAGUUAAAGAUUGACGCCCAGUCAAUCCUCCCCAGCCAGGAUACAAACCCAGGCCAAAGCUCUCGCAAAGCGCCGAGUGAGUGUUUUACCAAAGGGACUGCAUGGCUGCUUGCUUUAGUUUCUUCAUUGGUUUUCAUUCAGUAUCUUGAGAAUGGCAUACAUUAAUAGGUUUGUAUUAAUUUGCAUUACAGAUAAAUGUGGAAUGGAGUCAGAAAAUACAUAUUCAAUUGCAUGCACAAUCUGUUUUAUAAUUUAGCUGUUUGUCUUCUACAUAUCUGCAUAAAAAGUUAAUAUUACUGUAUUGCAAAGUAAUUUAUUAAACUAACAAUCUUAAGAAAUAAAUGAACUAGCUGCUGUAUCAUUCAAGUGUUGAGUUUCAUCACUAAAGUGCACUCUUAUACUGCCUCUCUCUAUUGGUUGAGUUAAUCAGCAAAUCAGUUAAAAAGUUGUAAUACAAUAAUUAGGUGAUUUAAAUUGCUAAUCUUAAUAGUGCACGACUUGAUAAUGGUCCAGGAUGGACCGAAACAUAGUCACUCUUUACUUAACAUGCAGGGGUUGGGUUGUAUGUUAGUACAGUAUUUACUUACAGGAGUACUUGCAAGUCUUCAGUUAUUGAAAUGUUUUGUUUAUAAUUUAUUAUAUAAUAUUAUGUUAACCUCUGCAUAUUUUAUAUAACUAGUCAUAUUUCAUCCAACAGAAAUAACGCAUGGGAUGUGUGCCUGAUCUACCUCUGAUAGAUGUAAUAAGCUUAUAGUCAAACUUGCCAAUAUCUCUAGAAAUAGAGAGAACAAGUUUUGAAAUAAAUGCCAAAGGCUUCUAUUUACCACCUAUAAUUUAAUUGUAUAAAAGUUACCUUUUAUGCAUUUAUACAUGUAUUUAUCAUGGACUAUUACAUAGCAAAAUAUUCAAAUAUUAAACAAUAAAACUGUUAACUUACCAGAGUAGGAAAAGUAACCUUAAUGAAGUAGAGCAUGGAGACUAGGGUGAAAUAGUAAAGAAAAUGCUGUAAUUCCAAUAGUGUUGUGAGAGUAGCACCACAUGUUAGGGAUUUGUUCAUAGUUUGUCAUCAUAAUAAUGUGAUGUUAGUCAUAAGUAAGUUCAUUGAGCAAAACUAGCAAAUAAUUUGGCCUGCACAUAACUCGGAGCUCUGGUGAAUAGUUAAAACGCAUAGUUAAUUUAUUUUAAAUACUAUUUAAAUAAAUAUUUUAAAUAUGUUGAGGGGUUUAUAUGCUAAUGUUGUAAUCAUAAUCACUACUUUAUAUAUAUAUAUAAUAUAUAUAUAUAUAUAUACACACACACACAGUAUAUAUAUAUGCUUGAUAAAGUAUAUAUUUUUUGUUUUAUAUUUUAAGAAUAAGGUUUGAGGACUGAUGGUUAAUUCAUUUAAAAUUGUUAACCUCACAUUCUUGAAUAUACUUAUAGAGAAAUGCAAAAUUUGUUUUACAUGAAGGUUUUAAAAUAUGAACACAUUUUCUAAUUUGUCAUAUCUUUUUGCCAAGAUACUUGCAUAUUUUAUUCUAUAUGCUUACAAUCAAUUGAUAGAAGGAAAAAAAAGAGGAUAUACAGUAUAAUCACUAUAUACAAAAUUGUGACAGGAAUCACAAAUUUGACAAGGAGAAAUUGUUAAAAUCUGUAACAUCUAUUUCAUGGGGGCCACAGAUUCUAGCUUUCACCAUAGAAGUACUGCUGAAAAGAUGUCAAAAAGUUCUCUAUUCAGCAAAAAAAAAUUUGUUCCAACUCUCCAUAACUUAAGUGGUGAUGGUGAUGUCAAAACAAUUAAUAGUUUGUCAUAUGACAAAGAUUAUAAGGAAAACAGGGCACCAAGAAUGUAGCCUUCAUCGUGUAACUACACUUAGAUAAUUACACACAUGCACAUAUUUGAAUACAUAAUAUAUAUGGUAAAUGUACUUACAGUAUGUUGUAUGCUAUAAUUAAUAGCAUACAGUACCAUAGUUUUAUGCUAUCUAAAUAUAGUAAAUGUUAUACCAGAUAUAUUUCAUUCCCCUAUUGUAAUAGGCUGUAAUAUACUGUACAGUAUGGAAAAAGCACCAUGAAUAUUUGUUUAAAAUUACCUAUAGCAUUUUGUUUUGCUUGAUGUCUCUAUUCACCUAUAGCAGCAAAUACGUACCCAAGAGGCAAUUGUUGCAAGUUGCAUUCUGGGGAAGGUCAGUAGUUGGCCAUGGGAAACCAUAUGAAUAAGCAUGGCUAUAAAUUUAUAUGGUCAGCUAUUAAGAUUUUAUUAUUAUAAUCCUUUGGAAUAAUUAUUUAAUUAUUAAUUUGACCCAUAAGAUGAAGUAUUUAACAUUUCAAGACUUCAGGUGUAAUUAAUUAAUUUACAAUAAUUAUGUUGUGUACUGUAGUUUAAGGAUAUUUUUAAUAUCGAGAUUAAGAGGUUUGAAUUAUAUGGUUUGUAAAGUCAAAUGUUUUUAAGUGGUUCAGUUAUGGGACGACUUUCCUUUGAUAAAACACUUGUCGAUUUAGAUCUUGAAUGCGAGUACCGGUAUAUGUCUUGACUCAUGUUGAAUGUUUACAUAUUUCUCUUAAAACUGAAUUUUAAAUCUAGCAAUAUGGAACUUGUAUACACAAGCAAAGUGUAUAAUAUUUUUGAUAAACAGAUGUUUAGUAUACUGCUCGUACAAUUUAUUCUAUAGGAGAGAUUUAUAUGACAGAUCAAAAUUGUGUACCUAUUAUCAGACCAUUUCCAUUGUCAAUGACAAACUAGGUUAUAUGUUAAAUACACUGUUUUAACAAUGUUGCAAGUGAUGAAUAUUGCUUCAGCUACCAUUGAUAUAAAUACAUCUCUUCCCGUUUGAUCUUUGGUUAUUAAUCAAAAUUUUCAGUACUUAAAUGUAAUUCUAUAAAUAUAUCCUAGCAGUGAUACAUACAAACCAUUAGUUUUCCUAUUUAAAUGAAAAUGGAGAUAGAAUUCUACAGUAGCACAAACCAAUAUGUCAAAAAAAGAAAAAGAUCUGUUGUAGCCAUCAAAUUUAUUGAUACUAGAUGCAACCCUGUACCUCUAAUGCCAUUCACUUUGUAUAUAAAGGCCAGCCAUAUUUUAUUGAAUUUUUGCUUUUAACUACUACCAGUACAGUAUGUCAUAUCUAUACCAAAGACGAUCAUAUUGACAAAUGAAUUUUUGUUUUUGAAUCAAUGACAAUCCCCAUGUCAAUGGAUCUUUUUAAAUAUUUAUCGUGUACUCUACAGCUGUUCAUUACUAAAAUUCUAAAUUCAUGUAAUUUUUCACUGUAUAAUAUAAAUUCAUCAUUCA